AUGGGCUGUACAGCAACUAAAUAAUCUAAAAAUGAGAGCAAACUAAACUCCCCAUUAAGUGGGAGUUCAAAUAAAGCUAAUAUUAGUGAAAAUUUAGGACCAGCAAUCAUAAUUUAAGAGACUGAAAAUAUAGAAUCUGAUUAUAUUUUUCAUCCUCUAGACCCUUUAAUUAGUAAAAAUGAUGAUAUAACCAUGCUAGCCUAGAGAAAUUAUAUAUAAAAAAUUGUUUCUAAGAGCAACAAUUCUUUAAGAAUAGUAAAAGUUUUUAAUUUAAAAAUGCUUACUCCUAUUGAAAGGUAGGAACUGAUGAGAAUUGUCAACCAAUUAAUAUAAAUUGUAAGAACUAUUAUGUUAUAGAGAGAAACACUUGAAUUUAGUUAGCACUCUGCCAUAUUAUUAUAAUGAGAAUCACUUGUAUUUAGUGUAGGAAUUUUGUGAUACUGGAAACUUGCUGUGUUAGCUAGAUAAAUUUGGUUAAUUAUAGUAACAUACAAUGAUAGACAUAUUCUGUUAGAUUAUGGCAGGAGUGCAAUAUUUACAUAAUUAAGGGAUAGUCCAUGGGUAUGAUUGAAAUUCUAAAUUUAGGAAUGUUUAGUUAGACAGCAUAGUAUUCACAAGUAAAUUAAUGGAGAACAUUAAACUAAUAGAUUUUGGCAUUCCAAAUUCAAUAAAAUCUAUAUGUAUGUCUUGGAAACCAAGUGGUGGUAUUUAGGAUAUAUCGGUUAAACCUCCAGAGUUUUUUAAAUAAAAAUUAAAUAACUCAGCAUAAACAUAAAAGGCAGAUAUUUGGUCAUGUGGAUGUUUGCUUUACUUUUUCCUUACAUCACACAUGCCGUUUCAAGGUCGAGAUACUUAGGCUAUCAAGGCAGCUAUAUAAAGAGGAGUAGUCAACUUUGAUGGAUAAGAAUGGGCUAGUAUUAACAUUGAAAUGAAACAGUUAGUUUCUAAAAUGCUUAAUUCAAAUCCUUAAUAAAGGCCAACUGCUACUGAAGUCAUAAAUAAUCCAGUAUUUUUAAAUAGAACUAGAAUAGUAACAAAGCCUAAUAAACAAUUAUCAAAACAUAUGAGAGAUUUCAAAGUAUAUCAAUAUCUUAGAUAAUUUAGUAAUAAUCUCAAUUGUAAAAUGCAAUGUUAAAUUACAUUGCUGAAAAUAUGCUGUCAGAUCAAGAUAAGAAAAAAUUGAUGGAAGAAUUUCAAAAAUUUGAUUUAAAUAAAGAUGGACAGGUAACCAAAGAGGAACUACUUAAAGUUUAUAAAACAAUGUUCUCGUCUUAAAAAGCAGUUUAAGAGGUUGAUACAAUAUUUGCCAAAAUCGAUUAGAAUUGCAGUGGUAGAAUUGAUUAUUAGGGUAAAAGUUGUAACCUAUCAAAAUAGAAUUCAUUCUAGCGACUAUAGAUUAAAAAAAAUAUUUUAAUCGAGAAAAAUUAUUAAUGUUAUUCUAACAAAUAGAUAGAGAUCAUAGUGGAUAAUUAAGUAAUUAAGAAGUAAAGAAACUUUUGAGAGAUAUGCAUAUACCAAAAGAAAAAUUAGACAAUUUAUCAAAACAAUUUGAUUAAAAUGGAGAUGGCUAAAUUACUUAAGAAGAAUUUUUAUAGAUAAUGUUGCAGUUAUCCUGA